GUUUCCACAGGCCAAAAAACAUCCUGGUUCAUUAGAUUCGAAUUCGGGAUUUCACUCUCUUCCUAGUUCCAACACAACACCGAGGAUAAACAAAGAGAAACAGCACCAUGUUGCUGGAACUUGCACUCGGUUUAUUGGUGAUAGCUUCCCUCAUCGAUCUCUCAAAACGCUAUGGUCCUUUAUACUCUCUCUACUUUGGUUCUAUGCCAACCGUUGUUGCUUCAACCCCUGAGUUGUUCAAACUCUUCCUUCAAACCCACGAGGCUGUUUCUUUCAACACAAGGUUCCAAACCUCUGCCAUUAGGCGUCUAACCUACGACAACUCCGUGGCCAUGGUUCCCUUUGGACCAUACUGGAAGUUCGUUAGAAAACUCAUCAUGAACGACCUCCUCAACGCCACCACCGUUAACAAGUUGAGGCCACUGAGGACUCAAGAGAUUAGAAAGGUUUUGAGGGUGUUUGCUCAAAGUGCAAAGACCCAACAAACCCUUGACAUCACCGAGGAGCUUCUGAAGUGGACCAACAACACCAUCUCAAUGUUGAUGUUGGGUGAGGCCGAAGAGGUUAAAGACAUGGCACGUGAGACCGUUAAGAUUUUUGGAGAAUACAGUCUUACUGACUUCAUUUGGCCCUUGAAGAAGCUUAAGUUUGGACAGUAUGAGAAGAGGAUUGAAGAAAUAUUCAACAGGUUUGACCCAGUCAUUGAAAAGGUUAUCAAGAAGCGCCAAGAGAUCGUGAGAAAGAGAAAGGAGAAGAAGGCAAAAAAUGAAGAGAGUGAGGAGAGCGUGGUUUUCCUCGAUACUUUGCUUGAAUUCGCUGAGGACGAGACCAUGGAGAUCAAAAUUACUAAGGAGCAAAUCAAGGGUCUUGUUGUCGAUUUCUUCUCUGCGGGGACAGAUUCCACAGCUGUGGCAACAGAUUGGGCUCUGGCAGAGCUUAUCAACAACCCUAGAGUGUUGCAAAAGGCCCGAGAGGAGGUGGAGAGUGUUGUGGGAAAAGAUAGACUUGUUGAUGAAGCUGAUAUUCAAAACCUUCCUUACAUCAGAGCCGUUGUGAAGGAGACAUUCCGCAUGCAUCCACCACUCCCUGUGGUCAAAAGAAAAUGCACAGAAGAGUGUGAGAUCAACGGCUAUGUGAUCCCAGAAGGAGCUUUGAUACUAUUCAAUGUUUGGGCUGUAGGAAGAGACCCCAAAUAUUGGGACAGACCAGCGGAAUUUCGCCCUGAAAGAUUUUUAGAAAAUGGUGGUGAAGGUGAUGUAGGACCUAUUGAUCUUAGGGGUCAACAUUUUCAGCUUCUCCCAUUUGGGUCAGGUAGGAGAAUGUGCCCUGGAGUGAAUUUGGCUACUUCAGGAAUGGCAACGUUCCUUGCAUCUGUUAUCCAAUGCUUUGACCUGCAAGUGGUUGGUCCAAACGGACAAAUAUUGAAAGGUAAUGACGCCAAAGUAAGCAUGGAAGAGAGACCUGGCCUCACCGUUCCAAGGGAACAUCAUCUCCUUUGUGUUCCACAUGCAAGAACAAGUGUCGCUGCUAAACUCCUUUCCUCAUAAGAGAAUAUACACCAGUGUGUUGCCAUGGAUAUUACUUUUUUGUACUAAUAAUCAUUAUCUCAAUAAGGUGUUGUUGAUACACAAUUAGGCUAAGUCGUCCCAACACGUGCAUGGGCCCACACAUACACAUGUAUCACCCUUAUUUAUUUGUCUUUCUUUUGUUGUAUUUUUUCCUUUUUUUUUUCUUUUUGUCAUAAUAAAGUAUUGUAAUGACUUUAAUCUUGUGAUAUAAAUUGAAGCACUUAUUUUAAAUUAUUUUUUUUA